CCAACGUCGAUAGUGAGCUACAAUCACCUUGGGAACAACGACGGCAUGAAUUUGUCGGCGCCGCAAACAUUCCGAUCAAAGGAGAUAUCAAAGAGCAACGUUGUCGACGAUAUGGUUGCUAGUAACAGAAUUUUGUUUGAGUCCGGUGAACAUCCUGACCAUGUUGUCGUCAUUAAGUAUGUGCCGUACGUAGGAGACAGCAAGAGAGCAAUGGACGAGUACGCAUCAGCGAUAUUCAUGGGAGGGAAGAACACAAUUGUGAUGCACAACACUUGUGAAGACUCACUCUUGGCUGCUCCUAUCAUUUUGGACCUUGUUCUCCUCGCAGAACUCACCACUAGGAUCCAGUUCAAGGCCGAAUAUGAGGGAAAGUUCCAUUCUUUCCAUCCGGGGGCUACCAUCCUAAGUUACCUCUCGAAGGCACCAUUGGUCCCACCCGGCACGCCAGUUGUGAACGCUUUGUCAAAACAGCGUGCAAUGCUUGAGAACAUACUCAGAGCUUGUGUCGGACUUGCUCCAGAGAACAACAGGAUUCUCGAGUACAAGUGAAGAAGAUAUCAACCAAUCUAUCAGCAAUUAAGAUCCGCUUUCUUUUCUUUUUUAUGUUCUAAAAAAUAAUUUUAUUUUUAGAAAGUAAGCUUUCAUUUGGUUUGUCUAUUUCUUUCGGUCUUUUGUAUUUUGAGUUGGUUAAGUGUGGUUGUCGGACGUGAGUGAAGUGCUCCGGCGGAAAGGAUGAUGGUGCAUGCGAUGCCUUCUCUUGAGGUUUGCGGUUUAAGGUGGUGGAUGAGAUCUCGCUACGGCGAUUGAUUCUCUCCAGUUUCUAGAGUCCCAGAGAAGGGCUGAGAUGAAGGUUUGACGGAACGAUGGAGUUCCGGUCUGGCUGGGGUGAUCCGAUGGUGGAUCUCCGGCGAUAACGAGAAGCGGUGGUGACGCGAGGAUCUCGCGACGCGUGUACCCGUGUCCAAGCAGAAAAAGGACGGAUUUGCGAGGCGGCUGUGCCACUCUCGUUUGGUUUCUAGGGUUUCUUCCAAGUUAGGCUGGAUGUUUUAGGCCCAUUUGGAGAUUUAGGGUUGCCCGUUUAAUUUGUUGGGCUGUGGUGAUGUACUGGGCUUGGCCCAUCUUUUUAAUAUUAAAAUAUUUUAGAGGGAAAAAAAAAGAAAGAAAGUAAGCUUUCAUUUCUUAUUUACAAAUAUCAUUCACGUGGUUUGGUAACUUUCGUUAUAUCCCGAGCCAAACAUUUGUAUCUCGGGCUGUAUGGAAUUUGUCUUCCAUCUUAUUUAGAACUCAUUAAUAAUAGUGAGGUUUGAUAUACACAUUAAUCAUUAAUCACCUCGAAAUGGCUAAGGAGAUGAAGAAAAAGAAAAAAAGAUCGGUCGUGAAGGUGAAAUGUAUACCGAGAAGGAAGAACUCAUCGAGGUCAAUGUCAUCAUCGAAGCAAAUCAAGAAAUUAAAUAAGGAAACAACUUCGAAACGUGACGAAUGAUUACUACUAGUUUUCGGUAUUGAAUGCUAGAGGUAGUAGUAGAUGCAGUGAAUGCUAAUGGAUCCUAAUGAGGUAAUGACUAUAUGUUGUUGCUUAAUUAUCGGAGAAAUGUUAUACCGCUUUAUUAUCAUCACUAGUGUGUAAAAGACGAGUGAAUGUGGCAAAAUCCGUAAAUCGUGUUACAAUAUCUUUAAUUAAAUUCAGUCUUUUAGGAUCCACUCUGAUAGUCCUGGGCAUAUUAUCCGAAAAAAACCGAACCGGAACCGAACCGAAAAAACCGGGACCGAAACCGGACCGAAAAUUACAAAAACCCGAACGGUUCCUAUAUUUCUAAAUCCGAAAAACCGAAACCGAACCGGGACCGAACCGAGAACCGAACGGGUACCCGAAUAUUUUGAAUAUAUUGAAUUUUUUAUUAUUUUAAAUUUUAAUAUAUAUAAAAUAUAAUUUAUAAAUAAAAAAUAUCUUAAAAAAAUCCGAACUACCCGAAUAACCCGAAUAUAUUUUCGGUUUUUUCCGGGUUUAGCUCCGGUUUUCGAAGUUUUCGGUUCGGGUCGGUUCGGUUUAAAAAAAUCUAAAAUCCGAACCAAACCCGAAUUAAAAAAUAUUAUCUUGUCGGGUCGGGUCGGUCGGGUCGAUUAAACUUUGUAACAAAAAUAAUAAAAUAAUUUAAUAGUUCAAAUCUAAAAUCAAAAGAGAAAGCACAAUUAAACUUUAUUCCGUAUUUUUUUUGACAACUAUUCCAGAUCUUAUCACACUAUAUCUUCAACACCUUCGAAAAAAAUUAUAUACACAUUAGGUAAAAGUUAUAUUUUAAAAUAAAAAAAAAAUUCACAAAUAUAAAUGUUUCAAUUAUUAAAAUCUUCGAAAUAAGUGAUUAUGAAUAGAAUUUAAA